AUGUCCCAAAAGCUAAUUGAAGAAAAUAUCCCAGACUGCUUUUUAUGCCCCAUAACUCAAGAAUUAAUGCAAGAUCCAGUUAUAGCAGCUGAUGGCCAUACUUAUGAGCGUAAAGCAAUUAAGAGAUGGCUAAAAACCGGCAAUAGACGAAGUCCUUUAACUAAUGAAAGUUUAACGAACAUGACUUUUAUCGAAAAUUAUCUUGCAAGAUCUUUAAUUCAUGAAUUUAUAGAAAAUCAAACCAAGACAACUCAAAGCUGCGAUUUAAUAAGGAAUAAAGAAGUUGAGUUCAAAUCUAAAGAAAAAUGCUUAAAAGAUGAAAUUAAUAAAAAGAGCCAAGAAAUUAAUUCCUUGUUAAGCAGACUAGAAACUCAAAGAAAAACGAAAAAAAGACACACAAUUUUUGAUUAUACUGCAUUUAUCGUUAUUCUUGGGAUGUUAUUUUAUAACUCAGCUGAUAGGUUUGUUAAAAGCAGCGAAAUAUAUUCAAGCAAAUUCAAUACAAUUGAAUUUGAGAGCUCAAAGUUGGUUUUAGCUCAGCCUGUUGAAUACCAAUCAUCGAAAAUAUCAGCCACUUCAAAAGAUGGGAGCCAUUAUGCAUAUGCUGAUUCUAAUUACAUUUUUGUAAUUAAUACAGCUACUAAUGAAAAUGAAAUUUCAUUAAGGCAUAAUUCUUCCGAAAUUACCUUUAUCCAAUUUUCCAAUAGCGGGAAGCUUUUAGCUUCUGGAAAUAGAGAUAAUGAAGUCACUUUAUGGAGCUUAGAAUCCAAAAAGAAAAUAAAAGACUUCAUGGGGCACAAAAAGGCUAUCUCCGCUAUUGAUAUCUCAGCUGAUGAAAAAUUGGUAGUUUCUGGGGGUUGGGAUGGAAAAGUAAUUCUUUGGGAUAUCGAAUCUCAGCACCAAAAUGGAAUUUUUGGCAAAAUGAAUGAUAAAACAAGCUGGGUUACAGCAAUAAAAUUUUCCCCUGAUGGAAAAUUAAUUGCGUCAAGCCAUGGAGAUUUUGCUAUUAAUAUUUGGAAUAUUGCAGACAAAAAAAUUAUAAAGCAAAUAAAAGGGCAUCAAAAUUGGAUACAGUCUGUUGCCUUUUCAGAUUGUGGAAAAUUUUUGAACUCAAAAAGCAUUGAUGGAACUAUUAUAAUAACUAAAAUAUUUAAUUAA